UAGGGAUCAGUCUCCACCCCCCUCAGCUCUUACCAUCUGGAGGUGAUCCUGAAGAGGCGACGGCAGCAGACCGAAGUGCUCAGUUCAUCACCAAACCCCAAACCCUGUACAUUAUCCCUUAAAGUGCAGAGAGUGACCCAUUCCCUCCAUCGGCUGCCCCACUGACCAAUAGCUUUUAAUCGUGAUUUGUCUUGAUCUUUAAGGACAUACACUGCAGCAGUAAACACUGGGAUAGCAAGAUGGCACGGGAUAUGUCUGACAAGGACAUCCUUAAAAUGGAGUUGGAACAACUUCAGAAGGAGGUGAAGAACACUAGAGAGCCUGUUUCUAAAACUGCAAAGGAGAUUUGUGAAUGGGUAGAGGCCCAAUCUGCAGAAGAUCCUCUCAUAAAAGGAGUUCCUGAGGACAAAAACCCCUUCAGGGAGAAGGGUGGAUGCAUAAUAACUUAGCACAUGUGAUUUCUUGUGGUAGAAUUAUAUGAGGAUGUUUUACUUUGUGCAAAUGAGAGUUGUUUAGCAGUCUGUUAUCCAAACCUGAAUGAGGAGUAAGCACAUUGUGCUUAGCUUUAGCAUCUCCACUAGACACCAUAGAGACUGCAAGACCUGAACAAAUACUUGACCUUACAGAGUCAAAAAAGUAUUGGUUUUGGCUGUGUGAGGGCUAUCUGUUCUUAUACUGAUGAAAGGCAGCCCUCUUGAAGCAAACUCUUUGUAAAUAAAACAAGAAACUAACUUCGGAACUGAACUGUAAAUCCAUUCUCGUUCCAUCUCUCAUCAUUCCAUCUUCAAAAAAAUAAAGUUGCAUUCAGAAAGCAAA